GGAGAAAGCCCUCUAUGGUGGCUGUGUGAAUUUUGGGUUUUUCCUCCUUGGACUGUUCUGGUUUCUACCAUCAAUGAGUGCCCAGAGGACAAACAGAAUUGGCACAUGUCAGACUGAGACUCUGGGAAGAGAAUUCAUCACCUCCUACAUGGAGGACUGUGGGAACCCUAGUCAAUUUGAAGUGCAAAUUAGUGGCUACUUUGCCUUCACUUCAGUGUCUGUUUCCAUCUCCAAUUACAUGGGUGAUGGGGCAAGGUUUGAGAAGAAGAUUAUGGUAAAUCAGGGAGAGAUGGUGCAGGUCAGGUUACCAGACUCAGUGGGAAUUAAGGGCGUUACCAAGUUCUCCAAGGUGGUCCUAGUCAAGGCUGAUAAAGAUAUCUCAGUAGUGUCUGUCAGCAACAAACAUGUGAGUCCUGAGACCACUGUGCUGUAUCCUGUCUCCAGCUUGGGAAAUGAACACUACAUAGUGACUCCCUCCACACAAUCCUUAGAUAGUUACCCAGAGUUCUCUGUUAUUACGUACCAAGAGCCCAACUCCAUGGAGGUCCGUGUGAAAGGCAAGUUACAUUACCUAACACAGUUCUACUCCACUGGCAACAAACUGGGAAUUAAGCUCCUCGCUUUUCAAGGCAUCCAAUUACAAGGCAUAGCAGAUCUGUCUGGCACCAGGAUUGUCUCAGAAAAGCCAGUGGCCAUCUUGGCUGGCCAGGGGUGUUUUUGUAAUAACACAAAAUGCAACCAUGUCUUUGAGCAGCUCCUACCAGUUUGCAGCUGGGGUACAACAUACAUCAUUCCUCCCUUACCCUGA